AUGGUUAAAACAACAUUUUUCUACUUCUUUUUCCUAACCUUGUUAGCUUUAUCUAAUUUAGUGCAUUCUUAUAAACCUAAAAAAUUAAAGCCAAUUGGUCAUUACUUCAGGCAUGAUUUGGAAAAAACUACUACUUAUUAUCCAGGCAGGACUUCACCGGUGCAUGUUGGGCCUCAAAGUUCACCCAAAGAGAAUGACAAAAUUGAAAAAUUGCCUGGUCAACCUGAAGGUGUAGAUUUUAACCAGUAUUCAGGAUAUGUUACAGUUGAUCAAAGUGCUGGAAGAGCUCUGUUUUAUUAUUUCGUCGAAUCGCCUCUAGACUCUGCUUCUAAGCCCCUUGUCGUAUGGCUCAAUGGAGGGCCAGGUUGUUCCUCACUCGGAGGAGGAGCAUUUGGGGAACUUGGGCCAUUUAGAGUUAACAAAGAUGGUACUCUAGAGAGGAAUCAAUUUUCAUGGAUUUUUGAGGCCAACAUAAUCUUUCUCGAAUCGCCGGCCGGUGUUGGAUUUUCAUAUACAAACACAAGUUCUGACUACUAUUUUAGCGGAGACAGAACAACAGCUCGUGAUUCUUAUACCUUUCUAGUCAAUUGGCUCGAACAAUUUCCAGAAUACAAAACUAGGGACUUUUACCUUACAGGAGAGAGCUACGCGGGCCAUUACGUCCCUCAACUCGCUCAGCUUAUACUUAUGCACAACAAUAACCCAAGCAAGACUAUUAGUACUAUCAAUUUGAAAGGAAUCGUUAUUGGCAAUGCCUAUGUUGAUUUUGAAGCCAACAUGAAAGGAACAACAGAGUAUUACUGGUCUCAUGCACUGAUCUCAGAUGAAUUAUACAACAAAAUCAUAUCAACCUGUAAUUUUUCUACUCCAUCGUCUGCAUCCAAGAAAUGCAAUGAGUAUUUGGACCAAAUCGAAAAAGAAAUUGGAAAUAUCUUUCUCUACAACAUCUACGCGCCAUUAUGCCCCAAAGGAUCACCCUCAAGUACCUCAAUACCAGACGUUGAUCCGUGCCUACCGAGUUAUAUUCAGUCCUACUUUAACAUUCCAGAAGUUCAAAAGGCUAUGCACGCAAACGUUACAAAUCUUCCUUAUCCAUGGGAAAGCUGCAAGUAUAAGUCUCUUGAUUUAGUGGGAAAAAAAACUUAUCUUUUGCUAAUGUCUACAUUUCUAAGCAUAAUUCUAACAUUAAUCAUAAAUUUCCUUUUUAUUGAGAACAGUAGCACUCUUAAUCUCAACUGGAAAGAUAGACCAUUGACUGUCUUACCACUUUUGCAUCAGUUGAUGAAGACUGGAUUAAGGAUUUGGCUGUAUAGUGGUGACAUAGAUGUUGUAGUGCCAGUGACAGAUACAAGAUAUGCUAUAAAGAAGUUAAAUUUAUCAGUUAAGACAGCUUGGUAUCCUUGGUAUUUACAGGGAGAGGUUGGUGGAUACGUGGAGGAGUAUGAAAACUUGACAUUAGUGACAAUAAGAGCAUCUCGGCAGCUAUUGUUCAUCACUUUGUUCCAAAAAACAUAUCGGCCCUCACAAAUUGGCACAAAACGGAUCUAA